AUGGCUUUCCACGUUUAUAAUUAUCCUCUCCUUAACUCACCGCUCUCUUCCGCCUCACUAUACCCUCCCCAACACCUUCCCACUCCCAAUCCCCUACUCUGCUGUAAUAAUAACAAUUCCAAGAUUUUGGGUGUGAAUAAUGGGAAACGAAGAUGUAUUUCUACGAGAGUCCAAACGACGGAGAGGAGAGCCAUGCCCGAAGACAAAAUGUUGGUGUUUGUGCCACCGCAUCCUUUGAUAAAGCACUGGAUAUCAGUUCUUCGUAAUGAGCAGACACCUUGUCCAAUUUUCAAGAGUGCCAUGGCUGAGCUGGGGAGAUUGCUUAUGUAUGAGGCCUCAAGAGAUUGGCUGCCAACUAUCUCUGGAGAGAUCCAGUCACCAAUGGGUGUUGCCUCCGUGGAAUUUAUUGAUCCAAGGGAACCUGUAUCGAUUGUUCCCAUCUUGAGAGCUGGUCUUGCUCUAGCAGAGCAUGCAUCAUCGAUUUUGCCUGCAACAAAAACAUAUCAUCUAGGCAUCGUGAGAGAUGAAGAAACUCUUCAACCAACUGUGUAUUUGGACAAGUUACCUGAGAAAUUUCCUGAAGGUUCUCGAGUAUUUGUCGUAGAUCCCAUGCUCGCAACAGGUGGCACAGUCAUUGCUGCCCUUGAACUGAUAAAGGAGCGCGGCAUUGAUAAUAAGCAAAUCAAAGUGAUAUCUGCUGUUGCUGCUCCUCCUGCCCUUCAAAAGCUCAGUGAGAAAUUUCCUGGGCUUCAUGUGUAUGCUGGAAUUCUUGACCCGACUGUUAAUGACAAAGGGUUUAUAUUACCUGGACUCGGCGAUGCAGGAGACCGUUGCUUUGGCACAUAA